AUGCAAUUCAAAGAUUUCAACUUCUACUUCUUCUUCCUUGGUUUUAUCCUCACUACCAUUCUCGCCACUGCCAUACCCCUUGAUGAACCUUCGUCAUCUCUUGUGAGUAGGUAUGAAGGGCUGUUCCCUAGGGAUAGUUGUAUUUGCGAAUACGAUCCUGAAGAUCCUUCUAAAUGGGAUGAUUGUGUUGAUCGAUGUCAAGAACCUUCCAAGAGAGUAUAUUUUUCAGAAAGGGAUUUGACUUAUAUGACGAGGGCGAUCUGUUAUUGUCCUUUCAAUCAGACUUCAUGCGAUUGCGGUCCAAUUAGACCACGACCACCCAAGCAAUGUUGCGGAAUCAUCCAUCCUCCUAUCUCACUUUCCGAGCGGGACGAUUCGAUCAAUACUACUCCGGUCCUCCAUGCUAGAGCCUGUCCACCUAAUCAGGAACAAGUCUGUUAUAUCUACAGAGGAAUCAGGUAUUGCGUUCCAUGUAUCGAAGAGAGGAUUGUUUGUCCUUUGGAAGAUGAACAGAUCAUCUGCCUUGACGAUGUUGAUGGUAUAAUCAGAUGUCCUCCCUGUCGACCUCCAAGACCACCUAUCUGUCCACUUUGCGUAUCCCAUCGAAACGGUACGAUAGUCUGUCCUCGACCAUGUCCUACUUCACCUAUCGUAUGUCCAUUAUACUGUAUCGAUUAUCCAAAUGGAACUGUCGUGUGUCCCGGAUGUGGUGACAGACCACCAAGGACUUAUACGAAUCCAAAUUCACUUCCAAGCGCCACGACGAAUACAUGA